AUGUCUUUUCAAUUCCAUCGGGUGCGUUUAUGGCUCGUCUUGGUCUUUUUCUUGGCAUUCUCUAUCAAAGCCAUGGAUCCAACUAAAGACUAUUAUCAAGUACUCGGAGUGAGCAAAAAGUGUUCAGAUCGGGAGCUUAAGAAAUCGUACCGUCAAUUGGCACUCCAAUAUCAUCCGGAUAAGGCUGAAAAUGCUGAGGAAAAAGAGACGGCAACGGAAAAGUUUGUAGAGGUUUCUGAAGCCUACGAAGUACUUUCUGACCCAGACAAGCGAAAAGAAUACGACGAUGCUCGACGUGUCUUUGGACAUACUGGCUUUUCGGGUGGUGCUAACGGUUUUGGAGGGGGAUUUACUUCUGGAGGUGGACAUGGAAUGCCAACGGAGUUUCAAUUCAGUGGCACAGACGGUUUUGGUCGUACCAGUGGAGGAUUCAAGGGUCGUACACGACUUGAACGACCAACGACAUUAUACGGAGCCGAGUCAUUGGUUAGUACGCUGUCGAAACGAAAGUUUCCUGGCCCUGAUGCAAAUUAUGAAUGGCUGGUGCAAUUUUACACAAUUGAUGCACCCAGUGCCGAGUUUCGUGACGAAUAUGAAAACAUUGCACGUGAUUUGAAGAACAAGGUACGUGUCGGUGCAGUGAACUGUGAAAAGCAUGCAGCUUUUUGCAAGGCCAAUGGUAUCGAGACGUUUCCUUCGUUUGCUUACGUCUGGAAAGGUCAAUUGACAAAAUAUAAAGGCAAGAUUGAUGAGUACCAAGUGUACAAUUUUGCUAUGGAGAGACACAUUGAACGUCUUCAACAGAUGCGCGCUUCUGGCGAGGUUGAAAAGUUGCACGCCGGCAAUGAAGCUAAGCUAUGCAACGUGGGGAAACAGGCCACGUCUAGUGCCUCAUCUCUGUGCGCAGUGUUUGUCUUGUCUGGUGAUAAGAAACAGCGCGAGAAAGAAAUGAAGGUGGCAAAGGAAGUUGCAGCUAAGUUUCGUCACUCGAAGGGUCUGAGCAUCGCAUACGUUGAUUGGAAGACUCAGCAGAGAAUGGUGCACAAGUUGGUAGAGACAGCCGCUGGUCAUAGUGAUCGACAGCAAAAGCCGGAAUUGCUGAUCAUUCGAACGAAGCGGGGGAAGACGCGUGUGGGAAUGCACUCGCUAGAUGCCGAUUUCUCUGCUGACGCAUUAUCAGCUACCAUGGAGCGUGCUGUCGGUGGCGACUUGUCGAUGACAAAUUUCAACGAUGCUGUGCACUUUCGUUAA